GCAGGAGCGCAUACGGCAGAGGACGUACAGAAAUGAGACGGUGAAAAGCGCUAGAUUGAGAUCAUCAUGGUUGAGGUGAGUUAGCUGAAAAACCACCAUUCGACAGCAUACGCGACGCCCAUCUUCAAGCAGAUGAGAACGGCAUCCAAGAUUGGGGCGGGUGACCCUCGCGUACUUCCUGCCUCGCUGUUGCCAAAGACGUGAAGUCUUACAUCGUCAUGUUCAAGUUCACGACAGUGGCGACCGCAACCGACGCUACAUCGUGCUCUGGUCAUGUUGCCCAAGCGUGGUGAGGAUGUGCACAAGUGUGAUGCAAGGGUGUGCACAAAUAGCCCGUCGUCGAGCCUCUUACGGGGCUUGCGCGGAACUUCGUCGGCGACGGCUGGGCGCUGUUGUAUAGCGGGCGGUAUGCGCUCCGCCACCACUGUAUGGCGGGCAGCUGGCACGCUCGUCAUGUCUGACGACAUGGACGACGAGUCCGUCGGGCUCGAGUGGACAAGGGCGAAACGGGAGCUGAAGGGCGCCGAAAUGGUCUCCGACCGCCCGCAGAGCGGAUUUUCGAGGAAAAGGCGCGACGAAAUCCACGAAAUUGAGCAGAAACUCCCUUCCGGCUCCGGAAAGAGAAACGGUGGAAGCCGAAGAGCGGCCUUUCUGCCUGAUUUGGGCAACGAGCAACAAUCCACGUGCGGUUGCAAUGACGUCGAUCACGGCCGUUGCUACGGAAGGUGCCUUGACGAAUGAAUGACAUCACUGAUAA